AUGGAGUACAUGAGCACUGGAAGUGACGAGAAAGAAGAAAUUGAUUUAUUAAUUAAGCAUUUAAAUGUGUCGGAAGUCAUAGACAUAAUGGAAAACCUUUACGCAAGUGAAGAGCCAGCAGUCUACGAGCCCAGUCUGAUGACCAUGUGUCCAGGCAGUAAUCAAAACAAGGAGCACUCAGAGUCACUGCUUCGGAGUGGCCAGGAGGUGCCCUGGCUGUCAUCUGUCAAAUACGGGACUGUGGAGGAUCUGCUUGCGUUUGCAAACCAUAUAUCUAACACUGCAAAGCAUUUUUAUGGACAUCGACCGCAAGAAUCUGGAAUUUUAUUAAAUAUGGUAAUCAGUCCCCAGAACGGCCGCUACCAAAUUGACUCAGAUGUCCUCCUCGUCCCUUGGAAGCUGACUUAUAGGAACAUUGGCUCUGGUUUCGUUCCUCGGGGGGCCUUUGGAAAAGUGUACUUAGCACAAGACAUGAAGACCAAGAAAAGAAUGGCAUGCAAACUGAUCCCUGUGGAUCAGUUUAAGCCAUCGGAUGUGGAAAUCCAGGCCUGCUUCCGGCAUGAGAACAUUGCUGAAUUAUAUGGUGCCAUCCUGUGGGGUGAUACUGUCCAUCUCUUCAUGGAGGCAGGCGAGGGAGGGUCUGUUCUGGAGAAGCUGGAGAGCUGUGGACCUAUGAGAGAAUUUGAAAUUAUUUGGGUGACAAAGCACGUUCUCAAAGGACUUGAUUUCCUGCACUCCAAGAAAGUGAUCCACCAUGAUAUUAAACCCAGCAAUAUUGUAUUCAUGUCUACAAAAGCUGUUUUGGUAGAUUUUGGCCUAAGUGUUCAAAUGACUGAAGAUGUCUAUCUUCCCAAGGAUCUCCGAGGAACAGAGAUAUACAUGAGCCCCGAGGUGAUUCUGUGCAGGGGCCAUUCCACAAAAGCGGACAUCUACAGCCUUGGAGCUACUCUCAUCCACAUGCAGACAGGCACCCCACCCUGGGUGAAGCGCUACCCUCGAUCGGCCUAUCCCUCCUACCUGUACAUAAUCCACAAGCAGGCACCUCCCCUGGAAGACAUUGCUGGUGACUGCAGUCCAGGCAUGAGGGAGCUGAUAGAAACCGCCCUGGAGAGGAACCCCAACCACCGUCCAACAGCAGCAGACCUACUGAAACAUGAAGCUUUGAAUCCCCCUAGAGAGGACCAGCCACGAUGUCAGAGCCUGGACUCUGCCCUCUUUGAACGGAAGAGGCUGCUGAGCAGGAAGGAGCUGGAACUUCCUGAGAACAUUGCUGACUCUUCAUGCACGGGUAGCACGGAGGAGUCUGAAGCGCUGCGGAGACAGCGUUCCCUCUACAUAGACCUCGGUGCUCUGGCUGGCUACUUCAAUAUUGUUCGGGGGCCACCAACCCUGGAAUAUGGCUGA